UGUGAACCUGUGAGGAGAACCCACCUCUGCCUUCCUGUCUGAAUCUCGACUGUGUGCACCUUUACGUGAUCCCAUAGUAUCGGCUGAAACGUGGCCCGAGGCCUCUCCAUCCGACGUGAUUAAGACGUCCCUGGGUCCAAUGGGUCGGCCGGAUCCGAGAAUCGAGAAAACCGGCAGUCAUGCGGGAAGAAUCGUCGAUAAUCACCGGACCGGGACCUUCCAAGGAACAUCGAUCGGGAUGUUGGGGAAGUGGUGACGUCAAACUGAGAGGAUCUCGACCAGGAAUACCGAAGAUAGCAGGAGGCUUGGAUCGCAGCCACAAGAUACCUGAACACCUGCCAGAAUACAACGGGGACAUCGAUCGGAGAUCGAGAGACGAGGGUACGAGAUUACGUGAUCGCGGCAUGAGAGGCUGUCUUUCGAUCCUGCUCGAGGACCGACACAAGUGCUGGGACCAACCCUUGGUGACACCUGUAAAGGGAUGAAGCAGCUACUCGACGAGUCCAGACGUAUUCUUCUUAUCACGCAAGAACGUUUCGAGAAGGCGGUACACCAGGAGCGUGGCGCAAUCUCGCAAAGAUAUAUCUACCCCUGUGAGAGCCAUAAUGCUGUAACGUUCCAAUAAAACAGCACGAAACAAGGAAAUUAGUUUUUCAUCCAGGUCCAUUUACCUACACAUGUGAAACAGGUGAUCCUGUUGGAAAUUCAACGAAGACAAGGCUUGACCAACGUUACUCGAUACAGAGACCUUCUGCAUCUAUAUGGAAUUUGAUCCAGAUCACUUCGUAUUUGUGGAAUUCGAGACGAAUCACCGAACCAGAGGGAGAUCUGACACAAGUAGACCUUAGCCUAUGUUAUCUGAUAAAUCCUGAACUCUACAAACCUGUCAGAAGUUUCGUAGAUCCACAAAGCUUCAGAGUACAAAGAAAAUCUCUCGUUUUUCUUACUUCAUGUAGAACCACCAUUAUUUUUAUCGUCA